AUGGGUGUUCAUUAUUUAUCGGAAUUACACCAGACAAGUUUAUGUUCGUUUCUUCAACGCCUUGUGUCGUUUAUUUAUACCCUUCUAUAUGGUAAUAAUCAAACAACAAUUACUUCUGAAAUAUCUGAGUUAUCAUCUUUGGAAAAUGUUCAACAUACGGAUUCUACAGUGCCACUGGCAUGCGUCAGCAAUUGUUAUUCUCAACUACAAGAAUAUUACGAGACACUAAUAACAUUGACCAAAGAUAUUCAAAAAUUAAGUGAAAACUCCGUUCGACUAAGUACUGAGUCAUUACGUCUUCAACAUUUAGAACAAGCCUGUCAAAAAGUUAUAAAUCAAGUAAAACAGUCGAUAACUGAGUGUGACUCAUACAUAGUUGGAAUUACACAGAAUUAUGAAGUUUUGCAACAGGAAGUGUCAAGUAUGAAACAAAAACUUGAAGAUUUACAAUCAAUAUCGUAUGAUGGCAUACUUACUUGGAAAAUAGACAAUGUCAGUGAAAAAAUGGCUGAUGCACAAAGUGAGAGACAAACAUCAAUUUAUUCACCACCGUUUUAUUCUUCACCAACAGGUUAUCGAAUGCGCAUUCGCCUGUAUCUUCAUGGUGAUGGUAAUGCUAGGCGGACUCACAUGUCUCUGUUCUUUCUGAUUAUGAGGGGAGAAUACGAUGCUAUUCUUCGGUGGCCGUUCAACUUUAAGGUCACAUUUUGUUUGUAUGAUCAGUCAGGACAAAAUCGACACAUCAUUGACUCAUUUCGUCCAGAUACAAAAUCAAAUAGUUUUCAACGACCACGUUCUGAGAUGAAUAUUGCCAGUGGUAUACCAAAAUUUUUUCCGUUACCAAUGAUAUUGCAGGAUAACAACAAUUAUAUCAAGGAUGACACAAUGUUUAUUAAAUGUCUCGUUGAUUUUGGUGAUAUAUCGAAGAUUAUUUUGCCCUAUGCUUUAAGUUUAAAUCCAGCCCUACCACAUUAUGUACAGCGAAAUUUGAUACAUGCCGAAACAGAACGACGAUUACAAUCACAACAACAGUCAACAGUACCAGCGACAAAUAAUAAUUCUCAAGUAUUUGUAAAUCAAAUAAACAAUGAUAAUACACUAAUGGCCUUAGAUAAUAUAAAUUGUCAAUCAUUACCACUUGAAUCCAAGCAAAAUAUUCUUGUAAUGGAUUCAGAUCAAAUCACUAAUUCGUUACAACAUCAACAAAAUCACACUUCGACAUUAUUGAGAAAGCCGUCACCACCAUCCAAGAAGAAAAAGAUGAGCAGUUCAAGUACUGAUGAGAGCAAAGAUGAUACAAUGAACGAAUAG